ACGACGGAAUCGAACCCCAUAAAAAGAAUGGCAACGACUCCAUUGACAACCAUUCCCAUAACCCUCUCUUCACUCACCCUCCGCCGUCGCCGGUGUACCAAUUUCUCAUCGUUUUUCCGACCGGCAAAGAAACCCCUAAUUUGCACCUUCACCUCCAAUCUCGUCAAAGCUUCAGCAAUGGAGUCGUCGUUUUCUUCGACAAGAGUCCAAUCGAGCGGCGGUUCUAGUGUUCCUGAUCUAGGCCUUGUUCAACGUGCGAUUCAAUUGGCUCAAUUAUCACCACCUACAUGGCAAUCUGCUAUUUUCAGUAACCUUGUGAUUUUUCUUCUGGGAUCGCCGAUUCUAGUCACCGGAUUGUCGCUCUCCGGCAUUGGCGCCGCCUUCUUGCUCGGUACUCUCACUUGGCGUGGGUUUGGACCAUCUGGGUUUCUUCUCGUCGCGACUUACUUCAUCAUUGGUACAGCAGUUACCAAGGUAAAAAUGGCUCAAAAGGAAGCUCAAGGUGUUGCGGAGAAGCGAAAAGGUAGAAGAGGACCCGGGAGUGUGAUAGGUUCAAGCGCCGCUGGUUGUGUCUGUGCGUUGCUUUCAAUCUACGGAGUCGGUGGCAAACCAUUUUCUCGGCUUUGGGAACUUGGGUUCGUCGCUAGUUUUUGCACCAAGUUGAGUGAUACCGUCUCUAGUGAGAUAGGGAAGGCGUAUGGCAAAACAACAUAUCUAGUAACAACAUUUAAGGUUGUUCCAAGGGGAACAGAAGGGGCGGUUAGUGUCGAAGGGACACUUGCCGGGUUUCUAGCCUCGAUUCUUCUUGCCUCCGUUGCUUGUCUUUUGGGCGAGAUCAAGGUUGCUGAAGCUGUCAUCUGCGUGUUGGCUUCACAAAUCGCGAAUGUUGGUGAGAGCGUUAUAGGGGCGGCGCUCCAAGAGAAGGAAGGAUUCAAAUGGCUCAACAACGAUGCGGUGAAUGUGAUCAAUAUAUCUCUUGGAAGCAUGCUUGCCAUCUUGAUCCAGCAAGUUGUACUCCAAAACUGGAUUACAUGAGAAAUCCUGCACUUUGAUAUCUCUAAGUUUGCAAACUAAUCGGAUCGGAUUUCUUCAUUUCGUGAGGUUGGUUCAAGUAGUCGUUUUUUCAUGGUGGGAUUUUUAUUUAAAAGGAAAGGUGGCUUUAGACUCGGUUCGAAGGCUGCUGCGAAUUCAUAUUGAUUUCGGUUACGCCUUCAAAAUGGCAGCCGAUGCCCUCGUGACGGUCUCUCGGUGUUUCUCAAGAUGAUCAACCAACUAUGGAAUCUGUUUCUCUUACUAUUACAACUCUGUUUAUGUUACUAUGUAAUUAAAAUUGAUUGGUUUAUUCCGUCGCC